GCUCUCAGAGGUGGGUUUGGAAAAGACCUUUGCUCGGAAAGGUGCUUAGAAGUGAGCGGGGUUCCCGGAAGUGCCGCAAUUUCUUUAGAUCAUCCGACAGCAUUCUCCGAUGGUUACCAGCUUCAGGGAGAUCAGGCCAUUGUGAAAUUUUUUUUUUUUUCUUUAAUAAAACUGGCCCCAGCCAGUCAGACUGGGAACUUACUGCCUGAGCUGUUUUCCAACAUGGUUUUGCUGGCAAAAGCAGACAAGAGUGUUUCCUUGACUCUCAAGGGGCCUGUUUACACUGACUUUAUUUUUACUGCCAGCUUUCAAGUGGGAAGAGGGAGAUUAUAUUUAAAGGUCAGCAGAUGACAGAGAGAUGCUCCCAGUUUAGAAGUGAGAGCUGGAGGGAAGACCUGGGAAGGCCAGUCUCUGGUCCAUGUACACCUUCUCAAAGAAACUUAGCACCGAGACUAACAUUCUUGGGAAACCAACCUGCAAGUGUUGUCCUCCACUGACAGAAAAACCAAAAUGUUGCUGCUCCACUGAGGACUGAACAAGAAGCCAUGAAAUCCCCGACUGCAGGAGACUUGGAAGACUGCCUUCUGGCUAAGGUGGAUGAGAGGCGCCAGCAGAUCUCCCAGAUUGUGGAGGAGGUGCAGAGGGUCGUCCACCACCUGACUGCAGAAAUCAGCCACCAAGACAUUCGAUUCCAGGCUGUCCCUUACUCUGACACGUACAAUGGGAACAUCAAGGUUUUGGCCCCCAGCCAGUUCCUGGUCACCAUCCCAGUGAAGGGCCUGGCCGGGUACAGGGAGGCCAGGGAGCAACGCUGGCGUUACUACACGCUGCAGGGCACGAGGCUGUCCUGCCCCUUGCAGGACCCGGAGGGCCUGCAGCAGUGGCUGGAGGUGGAGCAGUUUAUGAAGAGCUUAUGGCAGUGGCAUGAGGCAGAUGUGAACAUUGAGGGCGAUAUUGUGCCCGCCAAGGUCCUCCAGGUGUUCCGGAAGCUGGUAGAAAAUGCAAUUGGAACCUGUCAUCUUUCAGGUAAGGUCAGCAUGCUAACACGCCACUCUGCAGUUUGGGUUGCCGUGGAAACAGCCACAGGGCAGGUGGAGCUAGAGCUGGUCCCCGCUGUGGAGAUCCCUACUGCCUGGUCUGCGAAAGCUCGGUGGCCUCCCUGUCUGAGGCGCUGGCCUUCCCGACAGAGAGUGGAGUGCAUCAAGUCCUUUGGGUUUGCCUUGUUGGCCUGUUCCCAUUAUCACUGGCAGCUGAGUUUCCUGCAGGCCGAGCAGGUGCUGCUGGAGCAGCUGGACGAGGACGGGGGCUGCCGCAGGAAGUGUCUCCGGGCCCUGAGGCAGAUGAAGGAGGACGUCUGGUGUCCAGGAAAGAGGCCGGUCAUCACGUCCCACCAUUUGCAGACAGUGCUCUUUUGGACUUGUGAGAAGUACCCGCACCCGAAGGACUGGCGGGUCUUCAGCAAAGCCUUCCUGCGCCUGGUGAGGAAGCUGCACAAGUGUGUAAGCCAGCACUUUCUGAAGCACUAUUUCGUGCGAAAGAGCAACCUCCUCCGGUCUGCCAACUCAGGCGACCUGGACGCAAUGGCCCAGAGGUUGGCCCUCUUUCUGAAGAACCCCCAGAUCAGCCUGCCCUGAAGCUGCCCCUGCCUGGGAGGCCCUUGGACACUUGAUCCUGGCUUGACCUCAUUCUCCGUGGACAGAAGCACCCUACAGAGUAGGAGAGUGCAAGGACCCAGGAGCGCCAAAGAGGGGAACACUGUACCCCAAGAUGGCUGACCCAGGCCUCCGUGGAGCCAGGAUUUCGGCCCUCACUAGCUACCUCCCUUGGGGACAGCUGUCCUCAGGCUUCCCCGAGCCACUGAUUCUGAGCUGAUGACAGACUGCACUGAUGGGUUCUGCCUUGCUUGGGCUCCGGUUAUCUACGGAAGAGAACAGUGACAGGACCUGUUGGAAGGCCAGGCAUCCGCCUGUGGCCCAGGAGUGGGUCUCUAGCCCACUGGCCACGGUUCUUCUUGUUCCAUUUAUAAAAUGCAGCUGUGAAAAUGCCUUUGUCAGAGCAGGGCUGUGAGCCUGGGAGACUGUGCUGGGGUCCCCUAGGAGAAAGACACUGGAGCAACACAAAGUGUUAUUCUUUGGUUGGUAGCCAGUGUUUGCCUCCGGCUGGAUGGGUCCCAACACCACUCAUUGAAUGACUGCAUCUGAUGGCUUGGUGUGCCUGCUGCCCUCCUGUUCUCCUGAACUGUGUUUCGGGGCCUGUGGUUCUGUCUGCCUCCAGGCUGUCCUGCAAGUAGGGAGAAGGUGGUUUUGACAAGUAGUGUGGGUCAAAGAUGAAAGUGCAGCUCUGUUUGCCAGGGGCUCCCGUUGCCUUGAGCCCCAAGCCAGGUGUUUUGGGAAUGCACUCAGAACAAUGACCUACAUGGAAGGAUUUGGUGUCACCUCUCCACACCUGCCUUUGCUCACUUCAUUCACUGGGCGAUAAAUAUGUGCUCAUCAGGCACCGGGAGUAUUACCAA